UUCCCAGGAUCUUUGAUCCUGUCACCGGUAUCAUGUCGCUGCCUCCAAUGAUCUCAAUGAUGUCGCCCGUGUUGAAAGGUGAACCACGGACGCCUUGGACGCCUUGGAGUCGACCAGUGAGUCGACCAGUGAGUCGACUCGGUCGACUUAGUCGACCUUGGCGCGGUCUCGACACAUCGAUCGACUUCGUUGGAAGUGCUCGAUCUCGACGAUCUCGACGAUCUCAACGCUCAGCAGAUGAAUCUGAGCUGAACCAGAUCAAACCCAAAUCGAUCAAAUCGAUCAAAUCGAUCAAAUACGGCAAAUGGUUCACAUUCUGGGCAUGUUUCUUCGGAUAUUCUGUGUGCUACUUUACUCGACAAAGUUUGAGCUAUACUGCACCUGUGUUGCGUCAAGCAAUGGGCUGGAAGGGCCUUUCUGAAAUUGGGAAACUUCAAUCACUUUUUCCUUUGGCUUAUGGUUCUUCCCGCUUUCUUGGUGGCCUCCUUGGUGAUUUGUUGAGCCCAAAGCGUGUCUUCGCAUUGGGUCUUUGCGUCUGCAGCUUGUUGAACAUUGCGUUCGGUUUGAGUUCAACGCUUCCGCAAUUUGCGUUCAUUUGGCUUCUCAACGGAUGUUUUCAAGGUUUGGCCGCUCCACCAUGUGUCAAGAUGAUUACAAAUUGGUUUGAUCCUGAAGAACGAGGUUUUUGGUGGUCAGUUUGGCACGCUUCCAUCAACUUGGGCGGUUUCUUGUGCCCCUUCUUUGCUGGGGGUCUGGCCGGGCAUUUUGGGUGGCGCUACGGUAUGCUUGGUCCGGGCUUCUUGGGUCUAGCCACGGUGGUGCUUUGCUAUCUGGCAAUGAGUGAUGGACCAAAAGCACCAAAAGUGGAAAAAAGCGUCAAGGGAGUCAAGGCAGAGGCCAAGCCAGAACCGGAAGUGAGUCUCGUGGAUGGAAUCAUUUUGAAUCCUGUGCAGUGGGCUUUGGGCAUUGCUUAUAUGUUGGUCUAUGUAUGCCGACAAGGUUUGAGUGUGUGGGCCAUUUUCUACCUCAUGCAAAUGGGUUCACUGAGCCCAGCAAAAGCUGCAGCCUUGUUUUCCGGCUUUGAACUGGGCGGCUUCUUGGGAAACUUGACAGCUGGUACCCUAUCAGACUUAUUGCUACGACGUGCCCGUGCAGGUGCUGGUGAUGUGGGGCAAAGAGCCAAGGUGGUGUGCAUCUACUUCCUUGCAACACUGCUGUUACUUCCAGCACUGCGCGCCUGUCCCAACUUACCAUGGCUUCAAUACCUGUUGCUUUUGGGCCUUGGACAUUUCCUCUGUGGAGCCCAGCUACUGCUGCCCCUGGUGGCCAAUGAAUCUGCACCAAAGGCAUGGAGCACUACAGCCACGGGUUUCAUCGGUUGGAUCGGUUACUUCGGUGCUGCCUUGUCCGGCUUCCCUCUGUCCCGGGUGGUGCAAUCCUUGGGCUGGUCGUCAUACUUCACCGUGCUCACCGUGGCAGCGGGUGCGGGAGCUUUGCUGGUGCUGCCCUUGCGCAACCUACGCAGUUGGAAGCAAAAAGUGGAGAUGGGACAAGUUUGAGCAGAUCUGAGGCUGAAUUCGUGGCCGGUCUUAUGCUUAAAGAUAAAAGAAAGAUGUAUAGAGAUGUAUAAAGAUGUAUGAAGAGAUAAGGCUUUUAUCUCUCGGUGUGAAAA